AUGAUCUCUUCUGCUUACUUCCCUACUGGACAGCCGCCCCCUCUUCGUAUUGUUGUCAUCGGUCCAAAGGGAGCCGGUAAGACCAUGCAGUUCCGCCAGUUGGCCAUGCAACUGGGACUACUCCACAUCAUCUACGACAAGCUGCUUGAAGAUGUCGUUCUGCCAAAGGCGGGUAGGCGCCUGGGACGGGAGUAUGAAGACACUCUGCCGGUGCCCGACAUCGUUUUGCCGUGA